UUUCCUUAUUCUCCAAACCAGAACAAAAUAUAUAUUCUCUCUGUGGGUACUUUUUUCCAGGAGUGUAUAUUCAAAAUUCUUCCAUAAAAAAGGGAAUUUAUCUGAUUCUCUACUAUUACUAACUACAUGGGUGAGAAAAAGGAAGAAACGGCGACGAAGCCUCAAGGAGAGAAGAAGCCUACCACCACCGAUGGCGGUGUCACCACCGUCGUUAUGAAGCUUGAUAUGCAUUGUGAAGGUUGCGGCAAGAAAAUCAAACGUAUCUUCAAACAUUUCAAAGGUGUUGAAGAUGUGAAGAUUGAUUAUAACGCUAACAAAUUGACGGUGAUCGGAAACGUAGAUCCAGUGGCGGUUCGUGAUAAAGUUGCCGACAAAGUCAAGAGGCCAGUCGAACUCGUCUCUUUGGUAGCGCCGCCGCCGAAGAAAGAGACUCCUCCUUCAGGCGGUGAGAAGAAGCCUGCCGCGGCCGAGGAGAAACCGGCAGAGAAGAAACCAGCCGCGGAGGAGAAAAAGGAAGAGAAGAAGAAAGAGGAAGGAGAGAAGAAAGCUUCUCCCCCACCACCACCAAAAGAGAGUACUGUGGUUUUGAAGACCAAGUUACACUGUGAAGGUUGCGAAAUCAAAAUCAAAAGAAUAGUCAACAAAAUUAAAGGGGUUAACUCGGUCUCCAUUGAUAGCGCCAAGGAUUUGGUUACAGUUAAGGGGAUUAUCGACGUGAAACAGCUCACUCCUUAUCUUACGGAGAAGCUUAAACGUACUGUCGAAGUAGUUCCAGCGAAAAAGGACGACGGAGCAGCAGCUGCAGCGGCUCCGGCCGGUGGGGAUAAGAAGGACAAAGGUGCUGGUGAGAAGAAAGAUAUUAAAGAUGUCGCAGAAAAGAAAGUUGACGGUGGUGGUGAAAAGAAGAAAGAAGUUGCUGUCGGCGGAGGAGACGGUGGUGCUAUGGUGGAUGUGAAGAAAUCGGAGUAUAACGGUUACGGUUAUCCUCCACAGCCCAUGUAUUAUUACCCACCAGGACAAGUAUACGGUCAACAGCAGCAUUACAUGAUGCAAGGACAAUCGUCUCAGUCUUAUGUACAAGAACCGUAUACGAACCAAGGAUACGUACAAGAAUCGUAUGCGAACCAAGGUUACGGUCAAGGUUAUGGACAAGAAGCACCACCACAACCAUAUAUGAACCACCAAGGCUACGCAGAUCCUUAUGGUCACAUGCGUGCGCCAGAGUUGUUUAGCGACGAGAAUCCAAAUGGGUGUUCUGUCAUGUGAGUGGAAAAAAAAUGAGUGGGGAGGAAAAUGUAAAUAACUAAAAAAUAUAGGGAGAGAAUGGUAGAUAUGACAAAUCUGUAAACUACGAAAGCACGGAAACUUCCGAGUCCGGUAAUCUAAACCGGCUGGAUUGGCCGGUUAUAGAACCGGUUUUUGAGAGGCGUGGAUUGGUUGGUUGGUUGGUUUAUUUCUUCUAUACUAUAGGUAUAAUUUUGUAUCGUAACUUUUGUUGAUGUGUAAUUUUCAAGUGAUCAUUAAUGAAAAUAUAAUAAUAUAUCCUAAUUAAACUGUC